CUCUCAGUCGAUCGAGGCGCGGAGUGGCAGCAGGAGCCCCGAGCGUCAUCCGGACCCCCAGAGCCCCAUGGCCGUGCCUUGGCUGUUGCGCUUGGUGCCCCUGCUGACCCUGCCCCAGGUGCUGGCUUCGGGGGCGGAGACCAUCUCCACCUCCACAGUAGUUCUGCUCCUGGUGCUGCUGCUCCUCCUCCUACUGGGCCUCGCCCUGGCCUGGCGCCGCCUCAGCCGCGACUCGGAAGGCCGCUACCAUCCCACGCGGCUGGGCACCACGGCCCUCCACCGGGCCUGCCGCCUGGCGGGGACGGUGCUGGACCGGGUCUGGCGUCGGGGGCGCAGCCGGAGAGGGCUGCCCGGCAGCGAGGAGCUGGGGGAGGGGGACGACGACGACGACGACGACGAGCGGGAGGAGGAGGAGGACCACGACGACGACGACGAGGCCCAGCGGCAGCCGCAGCAGCAGGAAGAAGAGGAGGAGCCACGGUCGCAGCGGCGGCCCGAAGAGGCGGCCGGCGGAGCCGAGGAGGAAGAGAAGGAGACGGAGGAGGAAGACGCCGAAGACGACGAGGAGGAGGAGAAGGCGGCAGGGGCGGCGGAGACGGACGACCAGGGAGACCGGGCGCCGGCGGGCAGCGCGGGGGUCCUGCUGAGUGACCUGCACGCUUUCUCGGGCAGUGCGGUCUGGGGGGCCGUGGACGGGGAGGGGGCCGGGGCGGCGAGCGACCAGGGCCCGAACGUCACGGCGCUGUAGGCCCCGGCCCCGCUCAGGACUGUGUUUCUUGCCCUCCUCUGCCCCUGAAUAAACCAUCUCUUCUCCGACACCA